UGAGAACAACGACGUGUGCUCAAUCUACGACCAUCGAGGCGGGAGAGCCUUUUCUCUGCUCCGUCUCUACAUCCUGUUUCUUCUCGCUCUGGCAGCUGUUUCUUUUUCUUCAUUCUCCACGACGGUAUCCUCUUUCUUUUUGUUGGAAUGAAUGUUUGGGGCUUUCACUGCUACUAUGCGUUCACGCUUGUCCUGCUCGGUCUGAGACUGACCUCGGCCUUUGCCUUGAGGAUGGAAGCACAUUCUGUCAUAGUCUCCCCUCCUCAUUUGGAAGUAGACGUAUUCCAUACCACCCCCCUCCCUGCGAUGACUUUCGGCAUACGCGAUAAUUUCAAUCAAGUUUUCGGCGGAGAUCCUCCGAAUUCUGUGAGAGGCUUGGAUGGGACCCCAGGAGCUGGAUCUAGACAUGAGGAGACAGGUUCCCUACCUUCCUCGACCACAGAAUCUGGAACAGCUAUGGCUCCACCGGCUGGCAGUUCUCCUGCCUCGUCUGCGGCCAAGGGGACAAUCAUCGCCGUGACCAUCACUGGGUCCGCCUUGUUGGUGUUGUUUUCCGCGCCUUUGAUCUAUCUGCUUCUAAAGUGGCGGCGCAAGGCAAACGGGACGGGUACUGGGCGACAUAUAUCGUUCCAUCGUAGCAUGAUGAUUCGUGCCCGAACACCCUCAGAUUCCAUCGUGAGCGGAGGGGCGAAGGAGCCGUAUCCAUUUGCGAUGUCUCAGCAUGUAUGAAAUGUUCUAGUGCUCUCCAUAGCUCGUAAUCGUGUGCUAUCUUCUUCAUUUUGUGUUCGCAUCUGAUUUUCACUACGUG